CAAGUUUGUACACGCUCUGGCUGCCCUUGUUCCCAUCACCUCUGCUGCUUUUCCCUCCGCCAUGCAGCUUUCGCGGGCUUCCGCUGCCGCCGUUGCCCCUCUCCCCGCCCCUAUCGUUUGCGCCAAUUACCCCUCCGCAUCCCUUUCGCGGGCAGCUGCGCCUUCCGCCGUUCCGCUUUCUCUCAGCGCAACUCCUAGCAGCCCCACCACCUCCGCAUUCGACGGCCUAGGCGCGCUUCUACAUCGCACAACAAGCCGCGCGCAAAGCGCAACGUUCCGCGCGCACUCUUGCGCUCCCCGUGCGAUGGCAUCCGCGGCUGUAACAGCGUCCGCGGAAGUGGUCCCCGCGGUGAUCAUCGGCGCGGGGCGCGUGGGGCAGGCGCUGGAGAAGAUGGGCUGGGGGCGGGACGUGGUGGUGCGGCGGGGGGAGAAGGUUCCGGAGGGGGGGGAAGGGCCCAUCAUCGUGUGCACGCGGAACGACGCGCUUGACGCCGUGGUGGAUGCUGUGCCUGAAGGGAGACGGGAAGACCUGGUGUUCAUCCAGAACGGCAUGCUGGACCCCUGGCUGGCGUCCAAGGGCCUGCAGGACGCCACCCAGGUGCUCGUGUACUUUGCCGUGGCCAAGGCGGGGGACGCCCCCCUGGAUGGAAUCACGGACGUCAAUCCCGAGGGGCUCACUGCCGCCGCUGGCAAGUGGGCAGAUGCCGUUGCUGCCAGGCUCAAGUCAGCUGGGCUCAGCUGCAAGGUACUCUCCCCAUCAGCCUUCCGCGGCCCGCAGUUAGAGAAGUUGAUUUGGAUCUGCGCGUUCAUGCUGGUGGGGGCGAGGAACGGCGGAGUCACAGUGGGCGAGGUGGAGCGGGAGCACAGGGAGGCCGUGGCCCUGCUCAUCAACGAGCUGGCCGCUGCUGCUGUGGCGGCUGGGGCUGUGGAUGGGUUUGACGAGGGGCUCGUGGACCGGCUCUGCGCUUAUGCCCGCUCCGUGGCACACUUCCCCACGGCUGUUAAAGAGUUUGAGUGGCGCAACGGCUGGUUCCACAGCAUGUCAAAAGCUGCAGUGGCAGCUGGCAAGCCGGACCCGUGCCCCCUGCACUCAGCAUGGCUGGCAGAGGUGGGGGCUGCACCUCUUCCACAAUAAUUGGGUGACAUAACGCAGUUGCAUGAACAGCACAACUACUAUAUUAUUAGUCGUUAAUAGUCGGUUACCAAUGGAGUGUAGGAAAAUUAUUAGUCGUUAAUAGUUGGGCGAUGGUGAUCGGUGUAUUGGCUGCUUUCUUUAUUGAAUCUGGUAAAGAAAGUGAAG